AUGCUAUUUCGCGUGUUUGCUAUCUCUGCCGCGGUGGUCGCUUACAUGCUGCAGUCACAUCGGCAUUUGAGUGCUGCAGCUGCUGGUUAUGUGAAGCCCGGCACAUGGGCGCUGGUGCUUGGUGGUAGCCAUGGCCUGGGAGAGGCGUGGGCUCAUCAGCUGGCUGCCCUGAAGCUGAACUUGAUCUUGGUGGCCAGGCAGCCCACGAAGCUAGAGAAGUUGAAGGAGACACUGCUCAGCAAGGUCGAUAUCCAAAUCGAGACGUCAAGCCAAGACCUGGGGAACCUCAAUGAGACCUGGCUCGUGGACAUCUUUGACAAAUACCCGGUCCGACUCCUCGUUGUGAACGCUGCUACAACAGGGCCUCGUGGCGCCUUCCUGGAUGGAGACUUAAGCAGCUCCUUCAGUGUCAUUGACGUCAACGUCCGAGCCAUGCUUACAAGUACGCACGUCUUCGGAAAGCAUCUAUCACAACAAGGACUUGGUGGCGGCAUGGUGCUGAUGUCAUCCAUCGCUGGUGAAGUAGGCAGUGCUUUCGUUGCAAACUAUGCAGCAUCCAAGGCCUACAUCACCACAUUUGCGCGGGCCCUUCACACAGAACUAUCUGAAGGAGGCGUGGACGUGAUGGCCUGUCUUGCUGGCCCCACGGUCACUCCGAGCUACCUCAGCGGCGCAACAGAGUCUGCGAGAAUUUCUUAUAUCGAGCAGGAGCCAUACGAGGUCGUGUCUGAGUGCCUGGCAAAUUUGGGCAGGACCUCGUGGGUGGUGACGGGGCCGCUGAACAAGUUGCUCCACUUGGCCUUCACGCGGCUUCUGCCCCGCAGCGUGAGCGUGCAGGUCUUCUCUGAGCAGACUCAGAAGCUGUUGGGGGUCUGA